CUUCGAAACAGGAGCGCGCCGCCGGCCCCGCCAUGACCCAGUCCGUGGUGGUGCAGGUGGGACAGUGCGGGAACCAGGUGGGAUGCCGCUUCUGGGACCUGGCGCUGCGGGAACACGCCGCCGUCAACAAGAAAGGAAUUUAUGAUGAAGCCUUAAGCAGUUUCUUUAGGAACGUAGAUACAAGGAGUGGUGAUAAUGGUCCUGAUAUUUACAAAGGAAAAAUCUGCUCUUUAAAAGCACGAGCACUAUUGAUUGACAUGGAGGAGGGUGUGGUAAAUGAAAUUCUACAGGGACCAUUGAGGGAUGUGUUUGAUAGCAAGCAGCUUAUCACAGAUGUUUCUGGUUCAGGAAACAACUGGGCUGUAGGUUAUAAAAUAUACGGCUAUCAGUACCGUGAAAACAUAGUGGAAAAGCUGAGGAAAACCGCUGAACAUUGUGACUGUCURCAGUGUUUCUUUAUAAUUCAUUCCAUGGGAGGUGGGACAGGAUCUGGUCUUGGAACUUUUGUCCUAAAUUUGCUUGAGGAGGAAUUCCCAGAAGUAUAUAGAUUUGUUACUUCAGUUUAUCCCUCUGGUGAAGAUGAUGUGAUUACUUCUCCAUAUAACAGUGUUCUGGCUAUGAAGGAGCUUAAUGACCAUGCAGACUGUGUGCUACCAAUAGAGAAUGAAUCUCUGUUUGAGAUAGUUAAUAAAAUUCAUCAGAUGAUCAAUGCUGGGAAGUUAGGAUCAACUGUGAAGCAUAACAGCUUGGUAACAUCAAGUGCCGGCAGUGCAAAAACACUUCAAGAGAAGCCAUUUGAUGCAAUGAAUAACAUUGUAGCCAAUUUGCUGCUGAACCUGACAAGCUCUGCUAGAUUUGAAGGUUCCCUAAACAUGGAUCUUAAUGAAAUCAGCAUGAAUUUGGUUCCAUUUCCUCGACUUCAUUAUUUGGUUUCAAGCUUGACUCCUCUGUAUACACUGGCAGAUGUUAAUGUACCUUCUAGGAGGUUGGAUCAGAUGUUCUCAGAUGCAUUUAGCAGAGAUCAUCAACUAAUUCAAGCAGAUCCAAAGCACAGCCUCUACCUUGCCUGUGCACUUCUAGUUCGAGGAAAUGUGCAGGUUUCAGACCUUCGCAGAAAUAUUGAAAGGUUGAAGCCUUCUCUGCACUUUGUCUCCUGGAAUCAAGAGGGCUGGAAAACUGGUUUAUGUUCAGUACCUCCUGUGGGCCAUUCCCAUUCCCUUCUGGCUUUAGCAAACAAUACCUGUGUGAAACCAACUUUCAUUGAACUCAAAGACAGAUUCAUGAAGCUCUACAAGAAAAAGGCUCACCUUCACCAUUAUCUGCAAAUAGAUGGGAUGGAGCAAAGCUGUUUUUCUGAAGCUAUAUCCUCUUUGUCUGACCUAAUAGAAGAGUACAGUGAACUGGAUGCUACAAAAGGUGUGCCUAGAAUAGAUCCUUCAAGACUGAAGAUAGUUGUUUAAAGGAAGAAAAACUGAUUUAAAAAAAAAAACAACAAAAAAGCACUUUCCCUAAGCAUCCAGCCACUUCAGUUAACCAGAAUGACUUGCAUCAUGCCUGGCAAUUGUACUUGCAAACUGGGACCAGGACAACAGCUUCCUUACCUCAAGAGGUGUCAUUAAGUGAUGAGGCAUGCCUGUAAGAAAGUUUUGAAAGCACCUAAUUGUGGCUGGUAUCAGUAAAGACAGUAAUCCUSACUGUGGAGUAAAUUGACACACCAUAUGCUGUGAAGAAAGGGAAAAAGAAAAAGRAAGUUGUGGCRGCCAAAAAUGUAAUUCUUUUCUCAGACUUUCAACUUAUGGUAAACUAAAGGUAGGUCUUACUUCAAAGAAGGAUUGCCGUUGCUAGAUUUAGAUUUAACAAGCAACUACGAAGAGAAGAAAAGCCCAAGUUAGUAUUUUCAAAGAUGAAAACAAGUCUCUAAUGAAACUGCUUUCUUACACUUUGCAGUAGAUAUUUCAGAAUGCUCUAAGCUAUGUUCCUCACUUUAAUAUUUUUGCUUCUAUGUUGUACUUAGCUAUAUUAGAGCAUUCUGCAUUGCUACCAAAAUUGGCAACAACAAAAAAUUCAAAAAAAAAAAAUUUUGUUUCAAGUAUUAUACUUGGAAUAUUAAUUCACGUUUUAAUGAUUCAUACUCAUGAAUGGUGAGUUGCACUUGAUAAUGAAAUAAUGCAGAAUACCUCUGAGCAAAACAUGCACUUAUAAUGAAGUUAUAAUGACCAUUUGGAGAAAAAAGCUUAUGGCCUCGAAAGAAUGCAAGUAAAAUAGAUGUUUUAAUAUUUAUAAUUAUCAGGGUAAGCAGCUUUUUAUAUUGCAGUAAGAACUUUUACAAAAUAAAAUGUACAGCUAUUUCCAGUUGCUUGCCAGUGAAGUUACAGUUACAGAAUGGAUUGAUUUCUUGAAAUAAUUUCUUCACAAUGAUUUCUUGAAAUUUGAAGUCCUUCUAGCAGAUUUGGAGUCAAUAUGUCAGUAAGCACAAUUUUCAAWGUAUAUGCCCAGAAGCAUUCAAUGAAGUAUUGUGAUAACAUUUGUUGAGAGCAUUUUUUUUAAAUAUGUUCUAAAAAUACCAAUUUCCUUAAAAUCUUGCAUCUAUUAUCUGCAGUUGCCCACUUAUUUAUUCCUAUACACAUGCAGCGUUUAUAUCCACAGCACUAGAGAAAGACCAUCUGUUGCAAAAAGCAGUCUGAGUUUAAAGUUGAUGACUUCUGUUUAAAAACAGCAUUGAUGUGUUUUACUAUUGCAGAUGUGUAGCAGAAAAGGUGAACUUAAGAAUGAAGAAUGAUAGAUGAAGUAUUACAGGGCAGUUUUUUUCCCCAAUAGGUUACAGCAUGUAUUUUCUUUGUGGGCAACGACUUGUGGUGGGGUAUGAAGCCGUCUUGCUGUGCCAUUCUUAGUGACCAGAAGUUCUUGUUUGGGCAGCACUGGUGUUAGACAUAUUCUUCUCAAAAAUGUAUCUCCCCAUGUAAAAACAGUUACAUCUAAAAAKAUGUCCACUUGUAUUUUCUGGGUGCCAUUUAAUAAAUGAGUGAAUAUUCUCAUAUGYAGCUUCAUUAUAAACAUUGCUGUGGCAGGAGGUUAUGCUGACUCCUCAGGGUGAGAAUGUGCUGUUGCACUCUGUGUGUUACAGUCAGUGGUGUAAUUCAUCAUAGAAGUUUGAGUUCAGAAAAUAUAUCUCCUGGAGCACUGCAAAUCCUCUGACACACACACGAUGUUAUCCACAUCAUCUUCCACCUGAAGAAGCCUUCGUUGGGACACUCAAAUUGCACAGUGAUCAUUUUGGACUUAUUAGGAAUGCAGCACCUCUUGUCCGAGCACACUCCACAGAAAGUUAGUUUGUAUCUUUGAGUAGUCGAGCAUCCAGAAAAAAUUAACUUCUCUGCUGUUGGAAGCUGGAAAGUUGGUUGACAUGUUUUUCCCAUUGGAAUCUUUAAUAUUAAAACAAAGAAAACCUUGAACAUUAAAACAGAUCAUGUAAGAAAAAGUUGCAACAUUUAGAAAUACUUGAAAAUUAUUCAAUCUGAAAGCCGCCUGAUUUUUCCUUUGUCAGUAACAAAUAGAAAAUAUUUCUGAAGUAAUUGCGCAUCAGGACAGCAUUAGCAGCACUUACACUUCAGGACAUUACAUUCUUUUGUUUGAAAUUGCGCAUCUGUAAUUUGGUAUUGACACCUGAAGACUGAUGGUAGAAAACAUAGAAGAAUCAUUUUAAAACCCGUAAAAAAACUAAAUGUUUUUUUAGUACUUGCUAAUAUGUCCAUUUUUCCAUUAGUUCCAAUGUUUUAAUUUUCUAUUAUUAAUUAAUUUUAUGCUACAAAAUACCUUUAUUUUCUUCAGCAUAUUGGUCAGACAAGGCUGGAUGAAGCAUAAUCUCUUUUCUGUUUUCAUUUCACAUUUUCUGUUGUCAUUGGUCACUCUGCUGGAUAUGCCUAUGCCACAGGUCCUGGAACACGGUGUCCAGGGAGUUGCCUGUAUGACGCACUUUUUCUUCAAAACAAGCGGUAAGCUUCUGUAAGCUAAGAAAGCAAUAUUUUAUUUAUGCAGCCCCAAAAGGAUGAAUUGAAAAUACAAGGAUAAGAAUUUGAUUUCUGUUCAUGAAGGUACUUUUGUAAAAGGUAAACCUAAAAACGAGACAUAAAUAACAUUUGUACAAAAUUCAGCUGAGCUGCAGUUAAACUUUGCUGACAUUGAAUACGCAGAUCCUAGCAAGGGCUAAAAAAUUGCAUGUAUUAUAUGAUCUUCUAUUUUCAUGUGAYGGAAAUGUGUGAAGAGAGCUAAUUGUGGAAUUUUUAUGAAAUUUCCAGAUUUUUAUUUUAUUUUACACCAAGCAUAGUUUGUAAGGGUGCUGAAAACAUUAAUGUUUGUAUCUUCUUAGAUAUUGAUAAGACUUUGGGUUUUGUAUUGAUGAGUAAAAUUCUCCAAUCACUUUUAGAUGCCACUAAAAAGGCUGAGGGUACGAWAUUUCAAAAAAGAAACAAAAUUACAGUGGAAAAGUUCUGCAAAAAAAAAUACGUGGAAUCUGUGCAUUUAUGUAAGAGCACAGGCAGAAUUACCUGGAAUUACCAGAAUUGCUGUCUGCUUUCCAGAAUAUUUGGAAAGUAGACAGCAAUUUGAAGAUCUUAUUAAAGCAAGCAGUUUAAAAGCCUGUCACAGAUCUGCAACAAAUAAAGGGAAGUUAAAUGUUUGUUUAUAYUCGAUACAUUUUUUUAUGUGACCUAGUUACAUCCCUGUGCAUCUGAAUUAGGUAAAUCAAAUUGAAAUGGAAAGCCAUAGAACAAAGCAAGAGGAGUGACAGAAACUUAGCACUAAUUAUCCACUCUAACAGAAAAAGGAUUUUUCAAAAUGCAUAUUAGCCCAUUGAGCCAUGGGAUUCAUGGACAAGUUGACAAGAUACUUCUGCUGGACUGGGAAAUGGGAGGGGAAAGACUUUACUUUGAAAAAAAAUGUCAGGGUGUUUUUCUUCAGAAGAUUUCCAAAGAACAGCAUCCUACAGCACACACAGCCACCACAGGGACAGGCUGUUGGGUCCCUUAACAGAGCCCAACAGAAAGUCUGCUUUGCAAGCUGGGUMUCGUCUUUCAAGGUUAUGCUGUGCAGCUAAUCCAGAUUCCAGAAUAAAUGUAGUAUUGCAGUCAGUGAAGAAUUUAAUGAAGGUUGGACUUUAGCUUUUGGAUCCGCUGAAG